AUGCCUACCGAUCCGUCCUUCGCUUCCUUCCACAGCAACUUUUUUUCCUAUAAUACAAUGACUGUUGACAAGACAAACAACUACGGUUUCGGCACCCACGCCAUCCACGCCGGCGCCCCAAUUGACCCCACCACUGGUGCUGUCAUUGAGCCAAUCUCUCUUUCUACCACAUUCGCUCAAAGUGAACCAUCCAAGCCUCUUGGUAUUUACGAGUACUCUCGUUCUGCCAACCCAAACAGAGACAACUUUGAGUUGGCUGUUGCCACUUUGGAGAAGGCCCGUUACGCCCUUGCCUUGUCUUCUGGUUCUGCUACCACCGCUUUGAUUGUCCAAUCCUUGAAGAUCGGAUCGCACAUUGUCAGUGGCGGUGAUGUCUACGGUGGUACCCACAGAUACUUCACCCAGGUCGGAAACACCCACGGUGUUGAGACCACCUUCGUCAAGGACUUGGCCCAAGACUUGGAGGGUGCUUUGAGACCAGAGACUGCCCUUGUGUGGUUGGAGACUCCUUCCAACCCAACCUUGUCUGUCACCGACAUCAGCCGUGUUGCCGAGAUCAUCAAGCAAUGGAACGAGAAGAACGGUUCUUCUGUCAUCUUGGCCGUCGACAACACCUUCUUGUCCCCAUACAUCCUGAACCCAUUGAGCCACGGUGCCGAUGUGGUUGUUCACUCUAUCACCAAGUACAUCAACGGACACUCCGACGUUGUUGGUGGUGUUUUGGCCACCAACUCCGACGAGUUGCAUGACAGAUUCCGUUUCUUGCAGAACGCCAUUGGUUCCGUUCCUGCCCCAUUCGACUCUUGGUUGGCCCACAGAGGUUUGAAGACCUUGCACUUGCGUGUGAGACAGGCUUCUACCUCUGCUCAGAAGAUCGCUGAGUACUUGUCCCAGCACGAGGCUGUUCUCGCUGUCAACUACCCUGGUCUCAAGUCCCACGCCAACCACGCUGUGGUUGUCAAGCAACACAGAGAUGGCUUGGGUGGUGGUAUGAUCUCCUUCAGAAUCAAGGGUGGUGCCGCCGCUGCCUCUGCUUUCACCUCUACCACUAAGUUGUUCACUUUGGCCGAGUCUUUGGGUGGUAUUGAGUCUUUGAUCGAGGUUCCUGCUGUGAUGACCCACGGUGGUAUUCCUAAGGCUGAGAGAGAGUCUAACGGUGUCUACGAUGACUUGAUCCGUGUCUCUGUCGGUAUCGAGGAGACCGAGGACUUGUUGGAGGACAUCAAGGAGGCUUUGGAGAAGGUUGCAAACUAA